AUGACAAAUUCCAAUGAACUUGUAACCUCCAGCACGCCUGUGGCGAGUGUGAGGGUCAUUGCAUUCGACCGGCCAAAUAAGAGAAACGCUUUAUCGCAAGCGCUCAUCGAUGACUUCUUAGGAAAGCUUGCCGCAGCAAGAGAUGAAAUUGACAUCAAAGCGAUUGUGAUUACGGGAAACGCAUCCUGCUUUUCAGCCGGUGCCGACAUCAAGGAAAUUGCAGAGCUUAGCACAGAAGCCGCACAGAGAGGUCGUUACCUUGAAGACCUCUGUAGAGGUAUGGAUGCAACCCGUAAGCCAUUGAUCGCUGCGGUAGAAGGCAUGGCUCUUGGCGGCGGAUUCGAAGUGGCGCUCAUGUGCGACCUCAUCUUAGCAUCAGAAAAGGCAUACUUUGGUUUGCCAGAAGUGAAGAUUGGACUAAUUCCCGGCGCUGGAGGAACUCAGCGACUGACGAAUGCGUUGGGCAAGUAUAAGGCUAUGCAGAUGAUCCUCUUUGGAUCAACUAUAAAUGCGAAGGAGGCAGAAGCUUAUGGGCUAGUCUCCCAUGUAUAUGAGCCCGGGUCGGUGUUGGAGAAUGCUUUGCAAGUCGCAACCCAACUGGCGCAGCUCAGUCCUGGAGCGCUGUCGCUAGCCAAGGAAGCUAUUUGCCGUUGCGACAAGAAAGGUCGCGACGACGAGUUCGAGCGCAGCUUGUAUUAUUCGGCGUUCAGUUCUUCGCACAAGACGGAAGGAAUAAGCGCUUUUUUGGAAAAGCGGCCGCCAAAGUGGUGA